AUGUAACAAGUCACGUGACCGAGUGACGUGGGAUUGCGGAGUAACUUCGCUGGAAGCGAGACACGUUCGUGAGCCACUCGGUGCUGACUGUGCCGGCGAGAGGACAAAAUCUGAGAAAUUAAGUCUCGAUAGGUCGAUUGAACGCGUACCACGAAAAGAGAAGCCAUGCCUGCAGACAUAGAGAAAGGCAAGAAGGCAUUUGUCCAGAAGUGUGCACAGUGUCAUACUGUGGAAAAUGGUGGAAAGCAUAAGGUUGGGCCCAACCUUUGGGGUCUGUUCGGACGUAAAACAGGCCAGGCAGAGGGCUUCUCUUACACCGAUGCCAACAAAAGCAAAGGCAUUGUUUGGGAUGAAGACACCCUGAUGGUUUAUCUGGAGAACCCCAAGAAAUACAUUCCAGGAACAAAGAUGAUCUUCGCUGGCAUCAAAAAGAAGAAUGAACGAGCUGACCUUAUAGCAUAUCUCAAGUCGGCAACUUCAUAAAGAACUCUUCAUCUGUCUUGCGCCCUGACAAACUGCUCAAAAGGCCCGCAGGAGUCGUCAUUCUUUUAAAACUUGGCAGAAUGAACAAUCUGAGUGGGGUUGGCAUGAUGUGUUUGUCACAGCUGGUCCUCUGUUUCUUUUGUGUAUGAUAUCCCCUGGUUUUAACAGGUCACUCUUCUAACAUAAAUUAUUAAACCAUAUACUGUGUAUUGUGAAUGUCUGGACUGAAAGCUGUGUAUUAUGUUUGCUUAUUAACUGUCAUCCAAUGUUCUGUUAUCUCAGUUUCUUGGUUUAUAAUUGUCUUAAUAAGUGCCUGUUCAAAGAAUGAAUGGGCCUGUGCCUUUUCUGCUUCAGAUGUGACGAUAUCCUAACAGUCUUUUGUUAUGUCAUUUUUUAAAAAAUAAUUUACAAGUUGAAUAAAAUUGACAUGUAACUGCUA